GUGGCAGCCAUGGCACGGCUGUUCGGAUACGUGGAUGUCACCGACAGGGACUUUGCUGUCGCCAUGCUCAGCAUCGCCUUCAACCCGCUCUUCUGGAAUGUGGUGGCCAGAUGGGAGCACAAAACGCGAGCGCUGAGCAGAGCUUUCGGCUCGCCGCGCGCCGCCUGCUACUGCCUGGGCAUCCUGAUCCUGCUGCUCAACUGCGUGCGGAGCCACUGCUUCACAGAGGCCAUGAAGAGCCAGCCCAGGCUGGAGGGCUUGGACUGCCGCUGGGCCUAUCUCCUGGGCUUGGCCGUCCUGGCUGUUGGGACCGUGUUCGUCAUCUCCAGCUUCUUGGCAUUGGGUUUCGUCGGGACAUUCCUAGGUGACUACUUCGGCAUCCUGAUGGAGGCAAAGGUGACGAGUUUCCCCUUCAGCAUCCUGGACAACCCCAUGUACUGGGGCAGCACCGCCGUCUACCUGGGCUGGGCCCUCAUGCACGCGAGCCCAGCUGGCCUUUUGCUGACGGCUGUAGUGGCAAUUUCCUACACAAUUGCAGUGCUCUACGAGGGCCCCUUCACGGAGGAGAUCUACCGGCAGAAGCAGAAGGGAGCCAAGAGCAAAUAG